GUCCUAUCAGGUAGAUAUCAGUACUUGAUGACUACUGUACCGAUUCGGAGAAAUGCUAAUUGAGCGAGCUCAUGGUUUUCUUAUUUAACAUUUACUUAAGGGUUAAGACCCCUGGACUGUUGACUCAUCAUCUGUUGCGCUGAUUUGGCGUCAGCACGUCAUCUUAUCAUCUCGGUUGAAUUAUAGACUUAGAAUUAUACCCGAACCUCACCGUCGUACAGCAGUCGUCACCACUCAUUUAUCAGAGCUUGACAUUCAUCUUUUCAUACCUUUUGCCUCGCUUAUCAAUUCCGGUUCAUGCUCCCCCAUCCACACUUGACCAAAUCCACACCCCAGUCGUAAUCCGUAACCACCCCGAUAUCGGGAGAGCCCAGAACCAUCACCAGUUGAUUCGAUGCGACUGCGCUCAACCCGUCCCUUCAACCCUCUCCGACAGCCAGCACGCUCGAGCAACAUCCGACCGUAUCGAUAUUCCAGCUUCUUCACCACCAUGCCGCGGUCCGACCCGUUCAAACCCGCUGCCCGCGUCGCGAACCAACCUCAGGAUGUCUGGUCCAUAAUCAAUGAAGCGGCGGCGGCGUCGCCGGUGCAGCCGAUUGUCAAUAUGGGACAGGGGUUUUUCGGGUAUAACCCGCCGCAGUUCGUGCUCAAUGCUGCCAAAGAGGCGCUGGAUAAGGUCGAGUGUAAUCAGUAUUCUCCGACGAAGGGGCGUCCAAGGUUAAAGAAGGCGAUUGCGAAAGCGUAUUCGCCAUUCUUUGGCCGUGAGUUGGAUCCUGAGAAGGAGGUCACCAUCACCACUGGCGCAAAUGAAGGUAUGCUUAGCGCUUUUAUGGGGUUCUUGGAAAGCGGGGAUGAGGUGAUUGUCUUUGAACCGUUCUUUGACCAGUAUGUCAGCAACAUCGAGAUGCCUGGAGGGAAAGUGGUCUACGUUCCCAUGCACCCGCCGGCUCGGGGAGCAUCUGAAACCACUUCCGCUGGAGACUGGACAGUCGACAUAAAAGCGUUCGAAGCAGCCAUCACUCCACGAACGCGGAUGGUCGUGAUCAACACCCCGCACAACCCCAUCGGCAAAGUCUUCUCCCGGGACGAACUGCUCGCGAUUGGCAACCUCUGCGUGGAGCACAACAUCAUCAUCCUCUCCGACGAAGUCUACGACAAGCUCUACUACGUCCCGUUCACGCGGAUCGCCACCCUCUCCCCGGAAAUCAACAGGCUCACGCUCACAGUGGGGUCCGGCGGGAAGCUGUUCUACGCCACCGGCUGGCGCGUGGGCUGGUUGAUCGGCCAGGAGCAUCUGAUCAAGUACGUCAGUGCGGCGCACACGCGCAUCUGCUACAGCAGCGUCAGCCCCCUUCAGGAAGCCACAGCCAUCGGGUUCGAGGAGGCCGAGGGGCACAAUUUCUGGGAGGAGUCCAAGAAGGAGAUGAAGGGGAAGAUGGACCGCUUCAACGCCAUCUGGGACGAAUUAGGGUUGCCCUACUCGGACCCAGAAGGAGGGUAUUUCGUGCUGGUGAACAUGGCCAAAGUGAAGCUUCCAGAAGACUACGUGUUCCCGCCGCAUGUGGCGAGCCGGCCGCGCGAUUUCAAACUGGCUUGGUUCCUCAUCGUGGAACUGGGGGUGGCCGCCAUCCCGCCGACGGAGUUCUUUACGCCGCAGAACGCGCACAUAGUGGAGGAUUGGCUGCGGUUUGCGGUGUGCAAAGACGACGAGAUAUUGGAGAGGGCGCAUGAGCGGCUGCGGGGCCUGAAGAAGUACAUUCAGUGAUAGUGAUCGAGGGUCAUGGUCGGUGGCAGGUGUUUGGGGACGGAAAUUGGAUAGAGUAGAGUCUAAGAUUGGCAGGAUUAUACAUCAUAGAUGGCAGUGAACUCGGUGUCUAUCAUAUUAUCAGAUCAUCAACCAGAAUCGAGCAUAUGGAGGCAGGUAUAUCAUCCUGAUUGAAGAGCGUGAAUGCCUCCAACUCUCUAUCCCAGCGAGCUUCCAUGUCCUGCCC